CUUCUGCAGAUUGAUAGGCAGCAGUUUGAAGAGACCGUCCGAACACUGAAUAACCUUUAUGCAGAAGCUGAAAAACUUGGAGGCCAGUCUUACCUUGAAGGGUGUCUAGCCUGUUUGACUGCCUAUACUAUCUUCUUGUGCAUGGAAACACAUUAUGAAAAGGUUCUAAAGAAAAUUGCCAAGUUCAUUCAGGAACAGAAUGAGAAGAUCUAUGCUCCUCAGGGCCUCCUUCUGACAGACCCUAUUGAAAGAGGAUUAAGAGUUAUUGAAAUUACCAUUUAUGAAGACAGAGGUAUGAGCAGUGGAAGAUAAAACUGUGGAGUCUAAGCAGAUAACUUGGCAACGGACUCACUGUAUCAAAGCUCCCCUACCUCCUACUUUAGAGCAUCAUUCCUCUCUCUGCUGCCAGAUCCACAGUGCCAUCUACUACAAGGACUAACUUCCUAAAACUCUACUCCACGUGGGGUGACCUCCUAACUGGUCAGCAUCCAUUUUUGGGCCCGCUUUUAAGCGAUGGGAUCAUUUUAGUUUUUGAAGAAAAACUGGUAAAGCUGCUUACUCCACUGAAAGAGAUUGGGCACUUAGCCCAAAAGAAGCCUAGUUUUAGACCCGAGUGCAGCGCUGUUCCUCCAUAGUUCUUGAGUCUUUCUGUUCAUCAUUCGGGCUUUGGAAAGCUACAAGUCAGUGUUGGUGUUUUCCAGGAACAAGGCCUUCCCUCCACUCCAGUACUGGAGUGAUGUGCAGUGCCUCUGGCUGGCAAGAAGUGACUCAAGGCACUGAGAAUGUUAAGUUUCCUGUGCUGAAUCUCAUAAAAACUAAAAGGCAAAGUGUCUCUUGUUUUAAUGCUUUUGUUCUUCCUAGAAGAGGGAGAAAUAGCUAGAGUUUAAUACUGGGUGCUUUGCUACUACUGUAUCUGUGCUGUUAUUGCAUCUGUCUAUGCUCGUCAGAAGAGAAGGUCUAUUUUUUCAUUCAUGAAACAGUAAGUACAAUAAAAUGGAUGCUGAACCAAUGAACGUAAUAAUCCCUACCCUAAAAUUAAUAUGUGAAAUGUAAAGCUGUUUCUUUAUGGAUUUAUUACAUAUAAUUUAUAGGAAAAUGUUGAUUUGACAACUUGUUAGAUGUUGUGUAAGAUGGUUUCCUCACUCUAGCUGCUGGCAAACUGUUGAAAAGUAGAGCUGUGCAUUAUUUAGUAUCUCCCAUGCAUAGACGUUUCUCAGCAAUACCUGCAAAUGUAAACUUCCCACAAACCAAGUUGGCUUAGUAUUUUCUGUUGUAUCCUUCUCAUUUAUCAAACUAAGGAUGUCUUGGUUUAGGUUCUAAGAGCCAUUGUCAAAUAGCGGAAGGAAUUCAAGAAUUGUGAAAAUGAGGGGAAAAGCGUGGAAUAGAUGGAGUGUUUUGGCUUUUGGUGAUUCUGUAGGUGCUAAUACUGGAUCUGAAAUUCCAGGCUUACUACUCAGCCACUUUUUUUUUUUUUGAGAUUUGUUUAACGUUUUAAUUGUAUGAAACUUGUUUUUUCUAAAACUGUAACAGUGUUUGCCUUUCACAUCUGUUGCAAUACUUGCAGAAGUACCAAUGGACUAGUAAAUUUUUUCUUAAACUGUG